AUUAGACAGCGCUUACGGGUGGCAGACGGCGCCGAGACGCUGUCAGAAAUUCCGUUAAAUAGUCUGGUUGCUGGUGCAGCGAUGCAAGGACCCAUCGACGCGGCUCUCGCGGCAGAGCUGACCGCCUUGUCUGUGAGCACGCAGGAGAGCCGUGCAAAUGCCGCGCAGCGAUCCGCGCGAGCGACCAGAACAAUACCGCUGCGACCCGAGAUCAUACAAUUCAUGUCGCCGCAGUCCUUGUGCCGCCUGACGUGCUGCAGCGCGACGCUCCGCAGAGACGUGCGCGAGGCAGACGCGUGGCAGCGGUUAGCGGAAGUGCACGCGCCGCGAGCUGUACGGGCCGCGCUGGAGAGCGACGCGGCCUCGCGCGUGCGGUCCCACGUCCGCCGGCGCGUGCUCGCGGACUCCCUGUGCCAGGAGACGCCGGCGCGUGACCUCCGUUCCUCCUUGAACGCACCCAUGGAUUUCACGUUCUUUGUGCGCGUCACCGAAGACGGUCGUUUGAUCUGGGAGGGCGACCUGAAGAGCGAGCGAAGUGAUUUUAACUUUCGGCUCCCUCUCUCUGAAGCUUGCGCCGCGAUGGUGGAAAGCGGCAACAUGGGCGACUGCCCCGGUGACGCCAUGGAUUCGUAUCUAGAGCGUCUGCAGUUUACCGUCGUUGCAAUCAGGGACAAGGACCAAGCGAUGAUCCCGCUGGGUCUUUGCGAUUAUCAUGGCAGCAUAAGUUUUACCAACAACUCGCGGCUGCACUCUUACUCUUUCGAGGACGAUAACAUCCUGUUCUCGACGGAUAGAUUGGAAUUUAGGGUCAACCUGUGUUUGCAGGUCACGUUCGGCGGCGUUGGUACGACACCAUCCAUGGAAGGUUUGGUCUUACAUCUAGAUUGGCAGUCUAAGCUCGACGAGGGGCGUGCUGGUGGUCUGGCGAUCCUUGAACCCGUGUUUCUCCUGACCUUUCUUGCGGGUUUCCACUACUCGCUAAUAAACGAGGCUUUGCGAACCAUCAUGGCUGGCACGAUUUUUUUUUGUUCGAGAUGA